CGCGGGGGCAGAGGCACGUCUUCCGCCUCGUGAGAAGAAAACUUCCGCCUCCGGUGGCAGGUGCCACUAGUGCAGAGUGAGGCAGUGCUGGGUUGGCUGGCUGGCGGGCUGCUGGGCUGCGACCCGCGCGCGGCGGGUCAUGCUGGGAGGCAGCUCCGGGGCCCGGGGGCGCGAGGCGGAGUGCAGCGGGGCAGAGGCUGUGCCUGCGCCGCCCGCCAUCGAGUUCCCGGCGGACGGCUCGGACCCCACGUAUGAUGAAUCCGAUGUCCCAGCAGAACUCCAGGUAUUAAAAGGACCCCUACAGCAGCCGACUUUCCCUUUUGCAGUUGCAAACCAACUCUUGCUUGUCUCUUUGCUGGAGCACUUGAGCCAUGUGCACGAACCAAACCCUCUCCGUUCAAGACAGGUGUUUAAAUUGCUCUGCCAGACCUUUAUCAAAAUGGGGCUGCUGUCUUCUUUCACCUGUAGUGAUGAGUUUAGCUCGUUGAGACUACACCACAACAGAGCUAUUACUCAUUUAAUGAGCUCUGCUAAAGAGAGAGUUCGUCAGGAUCCUUGUGAGGAUAAUUCUCAUAUCCAGAAGAUCAGAUCAAGGGAAGUAGCCUUUGAAGCACAGACUUCACGGUACCUAAAUGAAUUUGAAGAGCUUGCCAUCUUAGGAAAAGGCGGAUACGGAAGAGUGUACAAGGUCAGGAAUAAAUUAGAUGGUCAGUAUUAUGCAAUUAAAAAAAUCCUGAUUAAUGGUGCAACUAAAACAGAUUGUAUGAAGGUCCUGCGGGAGGUGAAGGUGCUGGCAGGCCUUCAGCACCCUAAUAUCGUAGGCUAUCACACUGCUUGGAUCGAACACGUUCACGUGGCGCAAACACAAGAUAGUUUUUCUGUUCAGCUGCCAUCUCUGGAAGUGCUCUCCGACGAGGAGGAGGAGGAGGAGAACGACCGAAAUCAGUAUGCUCAAAAUGAUGAAAGUAACAGCUCAUCCAUUAUCUUCGCCGAGUUCUCCUCAGAAAAAGAAAAGUCCUCAGGAGAAGCUGGCACUGACAGUCAGAAUAACAGAUUGGUGAACUAUGGCACCAGUUUAAUCACAGGAGAUUCCAGGGAAUUUGAAUCAUCCAGUUUGCUCCAAGGAAAUGAUUUGGCUGAUUUGCCUUCCGGAUCGAUUGUUGAACAUCAGCUGCCGCUUAGGCAUCAUUCUGACUCGGAAGAGAAUUUCACAUCCACUGGGGAGUCUUCUGAAAACUUAAGUUUGUUGGGGCAGACAGAGGUGCAGUUCCGCCUGAUGUUGCACAUCCAGAUGCAGCUGUGCGAGCUCUCGCUGUGGGACUGGAUAGUCGAGAGAAACCGGCGGGGCCGGGAGUACGUGGACGAAGCGGCAUGUCCUUAUGUCAUGGCCAGUGUCGCAACAAAAAUUUUUCAAGAAUUGGUGGAAGGUGUAUUUUACAUCCAUAACAUGGGAAUUGUACAUAGAGACCUGAAGCCCAGAAAUAUUUUUCUUCAUGGCUCUGAUCAGCAAGUAAAAAUAGGAGACUUUGGUCUGGCCUGCACAGACAUCAUACAGAAGAGCACAGACUGGAUCGAUAACGAUGGGAAGAGGAUGCCCACACACACUUCCAGAGUGGGUACUUGCCUGUACGCAUCACCGGAGCAGUUGGAAGGAUCCGAGUACGAUGCCAAGUCAGACAUGUACAGCUUGGGUGUGAUCCUGCUAGAGCUCUUUCAGCCAUUUGGAACAGAAAUGGAGCGAGUACACAUUUUAACAAGUUUAAGAAGCGGUCAGAUACCUGAAUCCCUCAGUAAGAGGUGUCCCGUGCAAGCCAAGUAUAUCCAGCACUUAACUGCAAGGAACGCAUCUCAGAGACCGUCUGCUGUUCAGCUGCUGCAAAGCGAACUUUUCCAAAAUUCUGGAAAUGUUAAUCUCAUCCUACAGAUGAAAAUACUGGAGCAAGAAAAAGAAAUCGAAGAACUAAGGAAGCAGCUGAGUCUCCUUUCUAAGGACAAAGGGGCCAAGGGUGACAUGAGAGAUGGGGGUGUGCCUGUCCUGCCUUAAUUAGGCUCCAUAAAUGUGGAUGUGGACUUCUAAUUCUUUAGUCAACCGGAAUGUAAAUUUUGUCUUUGUUAGGGUAUAGAUGGUGUAGUUCUACUUAGUGAGCCUGGACAAGACUUAUUAAAGUUGUACAAGUUCCCCCAAA